CCAAAGAAAUGACAUCACUGUCACAGUGUCACUGGAGUACUGUGCAUCUAGUUUAUAUAUACGCAUCGACGCCCGUCGCGACUUUAUACACGCCACACUUCGAUCGUGCCAUCCCGACACGACCUGUGCGCUCACGGCUCGCACCGAUGUACUCGUGCGAGCAAGACCACACGGCGGCGGCGCGCACAGCGUUCGCCGACACGGGCUACCACCGGGCGUGCGCCGCGCCCCGCUCGCUCCAGCCCGCGGCCGCCCAUCGGCCCGGCCAGCAGGUACUGCUCCCGGCCGCGGCCGCGGCAGUUGCCGCCGUGCAGCCGCGGCGCGCCAAGAGCAAGAAGCGCGGGGCGCCGUCGCGGCCCUCGUCGUCGUCGUCGCGCCGGUCGUCGACCACCGUGGUGGCGACCGACGUGAGCAACUUCCGGGCCAUGGUGCAGGAGCUCACCGGCUUCCCCCCGGCCGCCAUCUUCCGCCCGCUGCCGCGCAGGGUGCACGCGGCCAGCCCCUUCGUCGGCGUCAGCGGCGGCGCGGGGCAAGGGUGUUCCGGUAGCGAACGGCGAGGGCAUGGCGGUUCGGAGGCGACCAAUAGUGGUACUAGAGUCGUCGGCGGCGGCGGCGGCACCAGCCCCGACGCUCCGGCGGCCGCGCUGCCGGUGAUGGCGCAGCCGCCGCCGCCGCAGUGCGCGCCGCUGGGCGUGUUCGACGGGCUGGCGGACCUCGGCUCGCCGGAGUUCGACUCCUGGGGAGAUUUGACAAUCGAAUAAGCACUCUCGCUCUGGAUCGUCGUUGGCCGGCUAGAUUAAUGGAUGGAUUGUUCAAGGAUGGUAACCUGCUGGUUGGUAAUUUCCUUGUGUUCUUGUGUUAUGUGCACGUGUAGCAGUUAGCCACACGAUGGGGCAGUAGUGCUUGUUGUUUUCACAAGAUAUGCCUCGGUGUAAAAUUCAGGGACCAAAGUGGCUAUUUUACUUGCAUUAAUCAUGCUCUUGUAAUGCAAAUCACUUUCGAUUGGCUCAAUUGACUUUCUGUAAGUACAUACUGCUUUAAUGGGAAAAAACUAU